AUGGAAGAUCAUUAUUUGACUGAACAACAUCAAUAUGCUGUAGUGAAAGUUGUUCGUCAAAUGUUAUCUCAAUUAAAUGGCAGACAAAUGGAUAUUGAUGUUUCUCGAACAACAACAACAACAACAACAGCUUUAAAUUCUGAUGUUAUUCAAUUAGAAGAGUUUUAUGAAAUGCUCAAUAUCUUGGUAGGUGGCAUCGAAACAUUGACUAGCGAUGAACAACGUCUAACCAAUGAAUCACUUCAAAUACAAAUGACACUUCCAGCAUUGACAGAAGUAUUAUCGAAAGUGAAAUUAUCUAUUGAAGAAUCAAAUUCUUUUUUGAAAGCAGUAAAAUAUAAUCAAGAUAUCCUCAAUCAAGAUUUAUCAUCAUUACAAGAAAAAGUCAAUGAUUCACAGAGUGUUUCAUAUGAUGGAUCAUUAGUUUGGAAAAUAACGAACUUUCGAGAAAAAAUGAUUGAUGCACAGGCUGAAAGACAAACAUCAAUUUAUUCACCUCCAUUUUAUUCAUCUCCAAAUGGUUAUAAAAUGAGAGCUCGUCUUUAUUUAAAUGGUGAUGGAAAUGCUCGUCGUACACAUAUGUCACUCUUUUUUGUGCUCAUGCGAGGUUUAAACGACCCCAUUCUCAAAUUUCCAUUCAACUAUAAAGUCUCGUUUUUCUUAUACGAUCAAACGCCUGCACAACGACAUAUUAUUGAUUCAUUUCGACCAGACAUUAAAUCAUCUAGUUUUCAGCGACCUCGAUCGGAUAUGAAUAUAGCCAGUGGUAUACCGAAAUUUAUCUCAUUGGAAGCAAUUCAACAGGAAGAAAGUUCGUAUGUACGAGAUGACACAAUGUUCAUCAAAAUUAUGGUUGAUUUUGGAGAAAUACCAAAAACAUUAUUACCCUACGUUUUGAGUCUCAAUCCAGGUCUCCCAACUCAUGUUCAACAAGCAAUGAUCAAGCUAGAAAUGGAACGAAGAUCUCAACAACAUUCUGGCGAGUUACUGUCGACACCUCAGGUGUGA